GAGUGGAGGAGGAGGGAGAGGGAGAGAGGAAGUGGAGAGGAGAGAGGCUGGGACAGAGAGAGGUAGGGGAUCCGGAGCAGGGAACCAGGGCUCCGGACGAUGAGGAGAGGCUCCGGGGAUCUGCUGCCUAGGUUUACGAGCGUGGGACGGGGUGGACAUUGAGAGUCCAGUGUCCGGCCACCUCCGGCGGGGCAUGGCUUGCGUCGCCCCUCUUCUGCUCUUGGCCGUGUUCACCCCGAGCUGGGGCGCCGAUCAUGCUGUGUGGGACCGCAGCGGGGACGGCCAACCUACCGCCCACCCUCUGCUCUACUUCGAGCCGCGGGACGUGAAGAGCCUCCGGCAGAAAGCUCGGGGAAGCCACUCCUCUGUCAGCCGGGCCAUCCGAGCGGCCGUGAAGACCAUGUUGGCCAAGAACACCAUCUACCUGCCUCCCGCCGACCACCAGGACUUCACGGCCAAGUGGAACGAGGUGUACGGCAACAAUCUGGGAGUCCUGUCGCUCUACUGCCUGUUGUACCCCGAGGACGGCGACGCGCUAGAAUUCGCCCUGACCUACUUGGACCGAAUGGCCUCUUACCCUCGCUGGCAGGUGAGGACGGCCCCAAACGACGAGGUACCGGUGGCUCACUCUCUCAGCGGCUUCGCCACCGCUCUGGAUUUUCUCUACCCCGUCCUGGACGAGGCCAGGAGACAGACCUACCUCGAGAAGAUCCACGCAGUUACCGUGGAACUCUACGAGUUCUCCAAGUACCGGGCUUGGGGCAAACACUUCCUCCACAACCAUCAGGCCACCAAUGUCCUAGCCCUAUUGAUCGGAGCCUUGGUUCUCAGCCCUCACCAACCCCAGACCGCCUUGCUUUGCAAGCAAUUCGCCAUCGAUAUCAUGGAGAAGACCAUGUUCCUACUUGACCACGUCGUGGACGGCUCGCUGGACGAAGGGGUGGCUUACGGCAGCUACACCUCCAAGUCCAUCACGCAGUACGUAUUCCUGGCCCUUCGGCACUUCAACCUGAACCACACUGCUAGCCCGUGGUUGAGGCAACACUUCUGGUUCUACUAUGCCACCCUGCUCCCCGGCUUCCAGCGUAGCGUUGGCAUCGCCGACUCCAACUACAAUUGGUUCUACGGGCCGGAGAGUCAGCUGGUCUUCCUGGACAGGUACGUGCUGAGGGACGGCAGUGGAAACUGGUUGGCCAAGCAGAUCCGGAGGCAUCGUCCCAAGGAUGGACCCAUGGAGCCCUCGAGCGCCCAUCGGUGGUGCACUCUGCACACCGAGUUCAUCUGGUUCGACCCCCAGCUGGUCCCUCGGCCCCCGGACCACCACGGCACCCCGAGUCUCCACGUCUUCUCCAACUGGGGGGUAGUCACCUAUGGAGGGGGCUUGCCCAACGGGCCGGGCAACACCUUUGUCUCCUUCAAGUCGGGGAAGCUGGGCGGCCGGGCGAUCUACGAGAUAGUCCACGGGUCUCCCUACUCCUGGAUCGAUGGGUGGAGGAACUUCAACCCAGGCCACGAGCACCCGGAUCAGAACUCCUUCACCUGCCCCAACGGGCAGGUGUUUGUAUCUGAGGCGCUCUACGGACCCAAGUACAGCUACCUCAACAACGUGCUGGUCUUUGGUCCCUCGCCCAGCAGCCAGUGCAACCAGCCCUGGGAAGGCCAGCUCGGAGAAUGCGGACAAUGGCUCAACUGGCUGGCCGAGGAGGCCGGGAGCUCUGGGGGGGAGCUGGUGACCGCAGAUGAACACGGGGGCAUGGUCUUCACCAGCGGCGAGGCGGCCAGGGCUUACUCCUCCUCCAUGGGCCUGCGUAGUGUCUACCGGGCACUCCUGCUCCUCAACUCCCAGACCUUGCUGGUGGUGGACCAUGUGGAGCGAAGUGUUGACUCUCCCUUGGAGCAGGCCAGCUCCUUCUUCCACAAUCUGGACAUCGACUUCAAGUACGUGCCCUACUCUGCUCCGGGGGGGCUGAACGGGGCCAUGAUGGAUGUGUGGGACGCCCAGUACAAGAUGUUCUGGUUUGACCCCGGCGGCUCCAGCCCCGAGCCCCGCCUGCAGGACACCGAGCAGGCCGCAGAGUUCAAGAAACGUUGGACCCAGUACGUCAACGUGACCUUCUCCCUGAGCGGUCCUGUCAGCCGCAUGGCCUACCUCUUCCAUGGCCCCUAUGUCCUCGUCUCCGACUGCAGGUUCCUGGACGACGGCGGGCACGGCCUCAAGGUCGGGUUGACAGUCAACGGCACGCCGGUGGUGGUGUCCCUGGCCACGCGCCACUCCGACCCCAGCGCCCGCUUCUCCUACCUGGGCUUUGGAGGGUACGCCAUGGUGGAGGAACCUCACCAAGUCACCAGGUUCGGGCUGGGGAUCACCGCCGUCCAGGGACGGCGCUCGGUGGGGGCCGUCUUCUUCCACUUCGGCAUGACGGUGAAGGCGACGGUGGCAGUAGGCUUGUGUCUGGGCUUGGGCUUGGUGGCCACCCGUUGCCGGUUCCACCUCUCCUUCGGCAAGCUGCUGCGCCUGGCCCUGUUGAUCGCGGUCACCCUCUGGCUGGUGGAAUUGGCCGUGCUGUGGACCACCUGCAGGCAGCCCCUCUGCGGUGCCAACUGGACAGGGGGAGAGCCUGGACCCGACCCCUCUCAGUGGGACCCUGUACUGGGCAAGAUGUCCCCUCUGGUGGUGGCCUCCUUGCCCGGUUCCGGGGCCGAAAUCCUCGAGCAUCUCUUCGCCAACUCCACCGACUUCCUGUAUGUCAGACUGCCCAUGGAGGAGACGGGGGCUGCUGAAAUGGACCCCUUCCUCGAUGCCUGCGAGUGGAAGGGGUCGGACGCUCAGCAGGGCCGUUACCGCCUGGUCCAGGGCUGGCUCCAGUCUCUGGUGCACGGCACCAAACUCCACCUGCAGAAUGUCCCCAUGCACCCUGGAACCAGGGGCGAUACGACCGGGGAUAAUCCCGGAGGAUCCCCCGACAAGAAGAGGAAGACCAGGAGGAAGGCCUCCUCUGCCGACCGGAGGUACAGGGAGAACGUGGAGAGGAACGCAGAUGAGGUCCACCAGUUGAGGAGACACCUGGCUUCCUAUCCCAACGCCCGGGUGGUCCUCAGUUUAAGUAGCGGGGCAUGGACCCUCAAGCUACCCUUCAUCCAGGGAGUUCUAGGGGCUUCCACUAGGACCAUGCUAGUGGUGAGGGACCCUCGGGCCUGGGUCCACUCCUUGCUCUUCAACAGCAAGCCCAGCCUCUACUCCCUGAGCAACAUGCCUCAGCGCCUCACCUCCCUCUUCCAGCGGGACGCCGCCGAGGCGUGCUCGCCUCCCUCCGCCUACGCCGUAGAGUUCGAGCGUCACCGGAGGUAUUUCUCCUCCUCUUCCAAGAACGUGGUGGCCCUCCUGGCUCACCUGUGGCUCGCCAACACCGAGGCAGCAAUGAGGGUCAACGGGAGGCUCUCGGCCGCAACCUACUUGCUGCUGAAGUUUGAAGACAUCGUCAACCGCCCCGAGGAAGCAGCCGAGAAGGUCUACACGUUCCUGGGGUUCCCGCUGCCCCCGGCUGUGCUGAACAGGAUACUCUUCACCACCUCCACCAACUUGUUCCACCUCCCGUUCGAGGGGGAGGUCUCUCCCAGCAACCUCCAUGUCUGGAGGGACAGGAUGUCCCAGCAGGACAUUAGCACUAUCGAGGACAUCUGCUGGUCAGUGAUGGCCCAGUUAGGCUACUCCAGGGUAACCAGUUGAACACCGCACUCCCAGGGGUUUCAACACCAUUGAGAUGGGACGGAGUGCACAGCGGGGUCCCUGGACCUAUUCAGACGAGGUUUCACCAGAAGGGUUUGCACAGGAGAUGGAAGAUGAAACAUAGGAGAUGGAAGGAAACCGCGACAUUUCACUGUAGCCCGGUGCACGUGACAAUAAACCAAGACUAAACUAAACAUGCGGUGCUCACUCCAAGCAGUGGUGAUUCCCACUCAAGUUCCCUUUCACACAGGUAGUUGUGGAGCCAUUAAUGGGGAUGGUGCAUGUGUGAGGGGCCCACUCAUCCUCGUUCUAAUCAUUUCUGUUCAACAGUAAGCCCAGUCUGCUCAGCAACACUCCCCAGUAUUUAGCUGCAUCCUGGACAGUAAAACUCUCAAGUAUUCCAUGUGAAGAGACUGAGCCAAAAAAAUUGAAUAUGAGGAGCUGUUCCUCCAGUUUGCAUGUGGCCUCACCCUAGUAGUGGAGGAGACCUAGGACAGAGGGGUCAGCGUGGGAAUGGGAAAGCAACCGAGAGAUCCAGCAUGCUUUGGUGGACCGAGUGCAAAUAUUCAGUGAAACGGUCGGCAAGUCUACGCUUGGUUUGCCCACAUCGGAAACGCCGGAUGCAGUUGAUGAGGUUAGAGGAGGUGCACGUGAACCUCUGUCUCACCUACAACUUCUGAAAACUUUUGGUCCUAGGGGUAUUGUAGGAUUUUGCAGAGAAGCACAUCAACAAUGAAGAGCGGUUCACGGUGGGAAAUCGAUCGAUGGAUGUGAACCAUGUGGAAACAGGAUGGUUGGAGGGGAAAUCAAUGUAAUCUUGUUACCAUGUUACACAUUGUUGGUUUUUUAUCAUCUACAUUAGCUUUGGAGCCAAGCGAGACAGGCAUGGGUCACCUCAGACCAUUAUGGUGAUCGCUAUCUGCAGAUGAUUUUUCCUGGUACUCUGCUUGUUAUAGACAUUUCGGGUACAGCUGCCACUGUAAAGCAACCUCUCUCAGCCUCUCCAGAGGUGUAAGAGUCAAACAUACAGUAUACAGGCUGACUGGUUUGUGUAGGAAGGAACUGCAUAUGCUGGUUUAUACCGAAGAAUAACACAAAAUGCUGGAGUAACUGAACGGGUCGGACAGCAUCUCUGGAGUAAAGGAAUAGCUGACAUUUCAGGUCGGAAUCUUUCUUCAGAGUCAAGACUUGAGACUGACCAAAAAUUAUCCCGUACAUUAACCUACACACACUCGGAUCAAUUUUACAGCUCACUGAACCUACUUAUCCUACAAGCCUAUUGGUCUUUGGAGUGUGGGAGCAAACCGGAGCACCCGGAGGAAACCCGCGUGAUCACAGGGAGAAUGUAUAAAGUCCAUACAGACAGUACCCAUAGUCAGGAUCAAAUGAGGGAUUCUGGCACUGUAAGUCAGCAACUCCACCAUCUCUUUUUCUCCAGAGAGGCUGCCGAAUGUGCUGAUUUACUCCAGCAUUUUGUGUCUAUCUACAGGUUCUUGCUUGGCAAGCAUUUUUACUAUCCUGCACUGUGGUUAAAAUUUAUCACUGUAAGAAUGGCAUAUCCAAAAAUGUACCAUGGAGAAGUACUUUAGAAAUGCAAUGAACUUGUAAAUGUGGUUAUCAAUGGGAAUGAACACAUCUGCCAUUGUAAAGGGUCCAACCCGAAACUUCACCUAUUCAGCGAUGAUGCCUAACCUACUAAGUUACUCCAACACUUUGGGUCUUUUUGUUUAUAAAGCAACAUUUGCAGUUCCUUGUUUCUACUUUGGGUCUUUUUCUGCCAAUGUUACAAGCCUUGCCCAAACUUUGGUCAGGUAUCCGUACAUGUUAACACAGCUUCUUUCAUAGAGUCAUAGUCAUACAGCAUUGGCCAGCUCGUCCAUGCUGACCAAGAUCUCCUAUUAGGGACGGCAAAGUGUCGCAGUGGUAGAGUUGCUGCCUUACAGCACCAGAGACCCGGAUUUAAUGCUGAUUACAGGUGCUUGGCUGUGCGGAGUUUUCACGUUCUCCCUGUGACCUGUAUGGGUUUUC